ACAAAUGAUUCUCGUGAUCACACACUCGACAUUCAACGAUCAAGAUACGCGCAUCAAAUACAGAUCGAUCGAUCUGUCCGGUAAGAUCUCUUCCGCGAUAGAUGUAUAAAUAAAAGAGUGUCACGGUGAUUUUUUUUACUAUGUUAAUGUAAACGUCGCCAACGUAUCGCUCUUGUCCGUCUUCUUCAGCGAGCGUUUUAUUCCCUUUCUGCAGAAUGCUGCGCAACCUGUGGACCUUUUGUGUCCUGUCACCGGUCAUCCUGGUCUCAGCGCUGGAGAAUGGCUUGGGUAGGACACCACCGAUGGGAUGGUUAGCUUGGGAAAGAUUCAGGUGUAACACUGACUGCAAGAAUGAUCCUGACAACUGCAUAAGUGAUCGUCUCUUCCGAACAAUGACAGAUAUAGUGGUGGCUGAAGGAUACGCCGCAGUGGGCUACGAGUAUAUUAAUGUGGAUGACUGUUGGUUGGAGAAAGAAAGAGACGUAAAUGGACAGCUUGUACCAGACAGAGAACGGUUCCCAUAUGGCAUGAAGAGUCUGUCAGAUUAUGUGCAUUCAAAGGGCCUCAAGUUUGGUAUCUAUGAAGACUAUGGUAAUUACACUUGUGCCGGUUACCCAGGUAUAUUGGGCUAUUUGGAAUUAGAUGCCGCUACAUUUGGAUCCUGGGACGUAGAUUAUGUGAAAUUAGAUGGAUGCUAUGCGCAUCCCAGUGAUAUGGACAGAGGCUAUCCCGAGUUUGGAUAUCAUUUAAAUCAAACUGGAAAACAAAUGAUAUAUUCCUGCUCCUGGCCUGUCUACCAAAUCUAUGCUGGUAUGCAGCCGAAUUAUACCGCGAUUGCGCAGAGCUGUAAUCUCUGGCGCAAUUUUGAUGACAUUCAGGAUUCGUGGGCCAGUGUGGAGAGUAUCAUUGAUUACUAUGGUAACAAUCAAGACGUAAUCGUGCCUAUUGCCGGUCCCGGACAUUGGAACGACCCGGAUAUGUUAAUUAUCGGUAACUUUGGACUAAGCUAUGAACAGAGCAAGACGCAAAUGGCGAUCUGGGCUAUACUAGCAGCGCCGUUGCUUAUGUCUGUUGAUCUCAGGACGAUCAGGCCAGAGUAUAAAGCCAUUCUGCAGAAUAAGAAAAUUAUUGCCGUGGAUCAAGACCAGUUGGGUAUUCAAGGUCGACGGAUAUACAAACAUAAGGGCAUUGAAAUUUGGGCAAGGCCCAUCACUCCAGUUUACCAAAACUACUACUCGUACGCGAUCGCGUUCAUCAAUAGGCGAACAGACGGUACGCCAUCGGAUGUGUCAGUCACAUUGAAAGAGCUGGGUCUGCAGUAUCCUGGAGGAUACCGAGUGGAGGAUUUGUACGAAGAUGUAGAUUACGGCAUACUAACACCGCAGACCAAGAUCAAAGUUAAAGUGAAUCCAUCGGGCGUAGUAAUAUUGCGAUGUAAUUUGAAUAUAGACGAUUCGUUUCGCUACUCGCCGUACACACCUUUAAAUCAGAUCUUUAAAGUUAGACAAAAUUCGUUUAAAUGACCGUACGCGUCUAAAAUAUCGAAUUUUUAUUGACGUUUUUAUAUAAGUUCUACGUUCUCUAUAUUAACGUAUUAUAAGAAAGGCUAGGAGAAAUAAAGAAUUUUAUAAACUUUA